AUGAAGUUUGGUAAAUACUUGGCAACAAGAUCCUUGGAGUUGCCGGAGUACUCAGGGCAUUUUAUCAACUACAAAGCUCUGAAGAAGCUCAUAAACCAACUAGCGAUACAGGAUGAUUCUCUGUCCCUGCAGGAUAAGAAGGGUUCAUUUUUUUUCAAAGUCGAAAGGGAGCUGGAGAAAGUUAAUGAGUUCUACCUGGAAAAGCAAAGUGAAUUGCGCAUCAAGUUGGAUAUUUUGAUGAUGAAAAAGAAUAAGCUUUUCAACCAGUCCUCUGUUGAGAAGAGCUCCAUAGACUUCAUCAGCCUUUACGAGUCGUUGAAGAAAUUUUCCUCUGAUUUGGACCGGUUGCAACAGUUUGUUGAAUUGAACGAAGCGGGAUUUACUAAGGUGUUGAAAAAAUGGGACAAGAGAUCAAAAUCUACUACGAAAGAACUGUACCUCUCUAUCGCUGUCAAUGUUCAACCUGUCUUUCACCGAAAUGAGAUCAUUGAGCUGAGCGAUUUGGUGGCGACAAACCUAUUAGAAUUAGAAGCACAGGCUGAUGGAGAUGUUAUUAUACGUUAUGAGAAACAGGCCACCAAGGCAAUACCUUCUUCCAAAUCGGACCGCUUGUUUGACCAGCUCAUUUUCAUGAUAAAGACAGUCGACCCUAGUGUCAUCUUGGAAAAACUUACCAAACUUUUUCAAUCUUUUCUUGACGAAAACAAUUCUGACAACAUUUCAUUCAAAUUAUCAAAUCUUCUCUAUUUAUUAACUUUAAACGAGAACGUCUCAAAUGAGAUUAUCCUUCAUUUCAUUAACUUCUUCUCUAACCUCAACUUUUCCAUGGUUGACGAUUUGACAGGAAGGAAUUUCUUGCAUCAACUGGUGAUUUCCAAGGUUGAUAGAUAUCCAGUAUUAGACCAGAUUGUUAGAAACCCAGACUUUGAUCCAUCUACUCUACCUGUGAUCAAAGAUUUUAACGGACGAACACCUUUACAUUAUGUGGCUGAAGCUGGAAACUUGAAUACGCUUCAACUUCUUCUCCAAUAUACUAAUAUAAAACUUGUCAUCGACGCGUUGGAUGGUAACUCCAUGUGUGCUUUGCUAUUGGCCGUUAUAAACAGGCACAUUGAUAUUUUACAGCUACUGCUUGCUAACGGAAGCAACCCUUUUCCGACUCAGAGCGAAGUGCAACCGGUUUACUUGCCCUUGAACAUUGCAUGCCAAUUAGGCGACGAGGAGAUAGUCAAAAUCCUAUUAAGCUCUACAAAGCACUCGGAGAAUCAACUGAAUAAUUUCUUUCAGUGCAACGCAGAAGGCCUCUUACCUUUGCAUAUUGUGGCCAGUUUGGGGAACCACAAUUUAAUCACUCUCUUAUUAGAUCAUGGGGCUGAUGUCAACCAACUUGAUAAACUCAACAAAUGGACCCCCAUGUUUUAUGCGGUAAUUCAGGGAAAUCCCCAAACAGUUGAACUGUUAAUUGCAAACGGUGCUGAUUUCAAGCUUCGAGAUGACGACAAUUUAGAUCCCCUUUAUUAUGCAGUCCUAGAAGGUAAUGUUUACGUGAUGAACGUUUUAUUAAAAUACUUGAAAGACGAACCAGAUAAGAAAUUGACACCUUCGAAAUCUCAAGGUCCUGAGAAGCCACACCUAACUCCCAGUGUUCUUUCCAUUUCUUCAGUGCCCAGCUCAGUCACAGAUCUAAUUCCUGAUUUGUCUCUACCGCCGCCUAUUAUACCCCUCCGAAAAUAUGGUCACAAUUUCUUGGAAAAAAAGAUUUUUUUGAAGUUCAACUUUUUCACAGCUAGAGACUCACUCAAGAUUAACCCUGACACCUUUCUAACAUCCGUUCCAGGAAGGCUAACAGUAAGUUUCAACAAGGAUGACCUUAUUCCUAGGAACUUGAUUUUACCCAUCUCGAGUAAAGAGAACACAAUUGCCUUACAAGUGGAUUCCCUUGACGAUAUAAUGAUUGACUUUGAACUUUACCCAACAUUCGGAACCAGACUAAUAGCUAAGUCGACCUUGUCUGCUUCGUUACUGUUAUCUCGUUAUAACAAGGAAACAGAUGUUUAUAUCUCCUUGCCGUUAUUCGACGUAAGACUAAGAAAUAUUGGCCAACUGCAGUUUAGCUACCAAGUUAUUUUUCCAUACAGUGGUAAACCGUUGGAAAUCUCAAUUUACGAAACGUAUUGGAAGUCCACUAAUAACCAAAGUUCGCAACAACUGGUAAAAUCAACAUACUUUUCGUUUGUCACAGCUUCAUCAUUAUCUGGUCAAUAUUAUAGGGUCAAAGUGUUUUUGUCGCAUGACGGAAUUCCUUUGGUUGCCCCUGAGUGGUAUUUGGAACUGGCCCCAAAUCUCCGUGUGCCAAUAAGCAACUUUACUUAUAGUCAACUAAAGGUGAUGCUGCUACAUAAUCAUGAUAUACCAGAGCGGACUGCAAAUGUGAAAGAUUUCAAGCAAUUGGAAAUUUUAUUGGAUCAGCUCAAAUGUAUUCCUCUGCAAGUGCUGCUAGAGAAUCUCCCUAUCAACUUAUCCAUCGAUUUAGAGAUCUUCUAUCCCACACUAUAUGAGUUGACUUUUGCCGAUCUUCCUCUCGCCCGAUUGAACGUUAAAGGGAAUGAACUGAUUUUGAAGACCAAUGAAAUCAACUAUUACACUGACACAAUAUUGACUACUGUUUUUGAUCACGUUAGAAGCUCUCGUCAAACUAUUCAGCAUGAUCAGAAAACUAGAUCGAUGAUAUUUUCUUCGAGUAACCCCAGCAUUUGCACUAUUUUGAAUUGGAAGCAACCCAAUUAUCCGGUCCUUUUCAACAUGAGUGGUGUGGUGUUUGACGAUGAGGAAAAAACAUUCAAAUACGUUAGUGCUAACGGGUUUCCAAUCUUGGAAGACUUUGAACGCACUCUGACUAAAGAUAGAUCUAAUAUCAAGUUGGACAAUAUUGACAGUAUCAACAAGAAGGAGUCUAACUCUUAUACCGACGAGCUUGUCAAUCAGCACUGCAUCUCAAAGUCCAUUAAACAGGCCGUCUUUUUCGCUACUUCUAACAAUUUGCUGGGUAUAAUAGUUUCAAAUCAAUUGUUGAAGGUGUGUCCUCGUCUUAUUGAAGAUAUACGAUCUCGUGGAUUAAUUUUGGUGGCAUCUGAGAACAAUAAGACGCCGUACGAUAUAAUCGAUGAUGUCAACGGGUUACGAUUGAAUGAUAUUCUAACCUUCCAAGAUGACAUAGAUAUGUGA